AUGGCAGAGGAUCGCAUGGACACCACCGGCAAAUUGGACACAUGCAAGUCUGUGGAAGGGGAUGGGUAUUCAGAACGAAGCUUGACAAAAUGCAUUGGGAUAACGAUAGAGACCAGACCAGAUUACUGCCUGAAGCGGCAUUUAAGUGACAUGUUAUCCUACGGCUGUACGAGGCUGGAGAUCGGAGUGCAGAGCGUGUACGAGGACGUGGCCAGGGACACCAACAGAGGUCACACCGUGAAGGCUGUGUGCGAGUCCUUUCACUUAGCCAAGGAUGCCGGGUUUAAAGUGGUGGCGCACAUGAUGCCUGAUCUACCAAACAUGGGUCUUGAAAGGGACAUGGACCAGUUUGUUGAGUUUUUUGAGAAUCCUGCUUUUCGCCCAGACGGCAUGAAGCUCUAUCCGACACUAGUGAUCCGUGGCACUGGUCUGUACGAGCUCUGGAAGACUGGAAGAUACAAAAGCUAUCCCCCCAGCACGCUUGUGGAUCUAGUGGCCAGAAUCCUGGCCCUUGUCCCACCGUGGACACGUGUGUACCGUGUUCAGAGAGAUAUCCCAAUGCCACUAGUCAGCUCUGGAGUGGAGCACGGGAACCUGAGAGAGCUUGCCUUGGCGAGGAUGAAAGAUCUUGGGACACAGUGUCGUGAUGUAAGGACAAGAGAGGUUGGAAUUCAAGAAAUUCACCAUAAAGUUAGACCGUAUCAGAUUGAAUUAGUUAGAAGAGAUUAUGUGGCUAAUGGUGGCUGGGAGACCUUCCUGUCCUAUGAAGAUCCAGAGCAGGAUAUUCUCGUUGGCCUUCUACGACUGCGGAAGUGUUCAGAGGAGUCAUUCAGACCUGAGCUGAAAGGAGGCGUUUCCAUCGUCCGGGAACUGCACGUGUAUGGGAGCGUGGUCCCUGUGAGCAGUCGAGAUCCUUCAAAAUUUCAGCACCAGGGAUUUGGUAUGUUACUAAUGGAGGAAGCAGAAAGAAUAGCCAAGGAGGAGCAUGGGUCAUGGAAAAUUGCAGUAAUUUCAGUUAGGGAGAAAACGGAGGUUCAGAACUUUCUAAAAGUAAAUCCGAUGCAUCAUAGCAGUGGUAAAUCACCUGCAGUGAAGAACAUUAAGGGGAGAGAAACUGAGCUGGCGUAUAAAUCAGAGGAGCUUUUCUUAGAGUGGGCAGAGGAAGAACCGACUUGGAGCACAACUGGCCGAUACCAGCGUGGCUCCGACCAGCCCGUGCCGACACACGGCUUUGCAAUAACCGAGUGCAAGACAUCCAUGCGUCAGAGCUUGCCUGUGCCAGGGCAGCCUGGCUUUACGCUGCGCUCCUCCUGGCUCCCGCUCUGCGCCUUCACCAACACUCAAAUUCUGCAAUGUGACAGGAUAGGAGGAAAUAUCUGCUUUCUUUCAACAGAACUUCAUAAGCAGUUCGCUGAAUUAUUCUAUCAAGGUCCUGCCGACUUGAAGAGCAAGGGCUCGCUCCGAAGCAAGCUGUGGACGCUUGCCCGAGUGGCUGCCAAGUGCCAGUGUCAGCUUCGCUUUGAAGUCCUGUGCGGGU